AUGCCUGAUGUCGAAAUCGAUGACAAUGAUGAAGAAAAGAACGUGUCAUCAACAUUUGGUGUAACAUUGCGUCAUACUGAAACAAAUGCAGGAAAGUCUUUGUUAUAUAACAAGAACGAGAUGCAGAGUGGAAAUUUGUAUCAGGAUGAUUACGUCAUUUCUCCGUUUGGAGUAAAACUGAGAAGAAAUACCAAUGACAACGAAGAUAAGAAGAUUAAGACUUCAAAGACUGAACAAGAGUUAACUGUCGAAUCUACAUUCGGUGUCAAACUGAGACCAAAGUAUUAA